AUGUUAUGCAAAGAAGCUACUGGGAAGUUCGACAUGAAAGAAUGCAAGAGUAUGAGAAUGCCAUUAGCUCCUCAAGGCAAGAAUCAAAAUGAAGAAGAAGAGCUUCUUGUUCCUAAAAUCUAUAGGAGCCUAGUAGGAGGACUACUGUAUCUAAUGACCACUCGGCCUGAUCUAAUGUUCUCAGGAUCUUACUUGUCAAGGUAUCUGAAAGAACCUAAAUUCAAACACUUCAAUGAAGCAAAGAGAUUUCUCAGAUACAUAAAAGAGACACUAGACAUCGGUUUGAUGUUCACUACACACAAGGAGCCAAAACUGAUUGGAUACUCAGAUAGUGAUGGGGGAUGA